CAGCUAGUGAUCAUCAGUAGGUAGUAGCAUCAAUCGAUCGAUCGAUCAGUGUUGCUCUGAAGAGAGGAAGAAGAAGAUGAAGAAGUCGCCGUGGUUGGUGGUGUUUGCAUGGGUGGUGGUGGUGGCGGCCGCCGCCGUGGUCGGGGCGUCGCCGGCGGGGAAGCUGAAGGUGGGGUUCUACCAGCACAGCUGCCCGCAGGCGGAGGAGAUCGUCCGCAACGCCGUCCGCCGCGCCGUCGCCCGGGACGCCGGCCUCGCCGCCGGCCUCAUCCGCAUGCAUUUCCACGACUGCUUCGUCAGGGGGUGUGACGGCUCGAUCCUGAUCAACUCGACGCCGGGAAACAAGGCGGAGAAGGAUUCGGUGGCGAACAACCCUAGCAUGCGUGGCUUCGACGUCGUGGACGACGCCAAGGCCGUUGUCGAGGCGCACUGCCCGCGCACCGUCUCCUGCGCCGACGUCCUGGCCUUCGCCGCGCGCGACGCCGCCUACCUCGCCGGCGGCAUCGAGUACCCGGUCCCCUCGGGCCGCCGGGACGGCCGCGUCUCCCUCUCCGACGAGGUGCUCGUCAACAACGUCCCCGGCCCGACCUUCAACGUCAGCGACCUCAUCGAGAGCUUCGCGCGCAAGGGCCUCACCGCCGACGACAUGGUCACCCUCUCCGGUGCCCACACCAUCGGCCGCUCCCACUGCUCCUCCUUCACGCAGCGCCUCUACAACUUCAGCGGCGAGGCCGGCAGGACGGACCCGGCCAUCGACCCGGCCUACGCCGAGCAGCUCAAGUACCGCUGCCCGCCGGCGACCGACGACCAGAACGACCCCACCACCGUGCCGCUCGACCCGGUGACGCCGACCGCGUUCGACAACCAGUACUACAAGAACGUGCUGGCGCACAAGGUGGUGCUCCACUCCGACCAGACGCUGCUCGACAACCCCUGGACGGCCGGCCUCGUCAAGUUCCACUCCGCCGUCGACAAGGUCUUCAAGGUCAAGUUCGCCGCCGCCAUGGUCAAGAUGGGCAACGUCGAGGUGCUCACCGGCGACGAGGGAGAGAUUAGGGAGAAGUGCUUCGCGGUCAACAAACCCUACUAGUAGUCAACUCCAUUUAAGCUCAUAGUACUAUAGUUAGUUCUUCUCUACACAACACAUCUGGUUUAUACUUAUGUCAUAUACUCCAAUUGGUUAGUACCACGUAGUUAAUUGAAAUUAAAUUUCGUGUGUCAAGAUGUGAUUAAGAAAUAUUUAUAUAGGCAAAAUUUGCUACAAGACAUAAAAAAACACGUAAUUAGCCGGUGGACAUCGUAAGAUUAUGAAUUUGCUGCAAGGCAAGUGUGGUAAUUAGCUAUAGGGCACUUCAGCCGAUUUUUUAUUAU